AGGGAGGGAUCCUUCAGCCUCUGCAGUAGAGAAGACUUGAGCACUGGUCUUGAAAGAUGGGUAACUGGCAGAGUCCGGAGGCGUUCAGAGUGAAAAGGCUUCCCUUCCUACCUGGCCGUCCGCAUCAUGAUUCACAGUCUAUUCCUGAUCAACUCCUCUGGGGAUAUUUUCCUGGAGAAACACUGGAAAAGUGUGGUCAGCCGUUCUGUCUGUGAUUACUUUUUUGAGGCACAAGAGAGAGCUACUGAGGCAGAAAAUGUGCCUCCCGUCAUCCCUACCCCUCACCACUACCUCUUAAGCGUUUACCGCCACAAGAUCUUUUUUGUGGCUGUGAUCCAGACGGAGGUCCCGCCUCUGUUCGUCAUUGAGUUUCUUCACCGAGUGGUCGACACAUUUCAGGAUUAUUUUGGAGUGUGUUCAGAGCCAGUGAUCAAAGACAACGUGGUCGUGGUUUAUGAGGUAUUGGAAGAGAUGCUGGACAACGGAUUUCCCUUGGCUACUGAGUCGAACAUCCUGAAAGAGCUGAUAAAGCCGCCCACCAUCCUCCGCACGGUUGUCAACACCAUCACAGGAAGCACCAACGUGGGUGACCAGCUUCCCACUGGACAGCUGUCUGUGGUGCCUUGGCGACGGACUGGGGUGAAAUACACCAACAAUGAGGCCUAUUUUGAUGUGAUCGAAGAGAUCGAUGCCAUUAUUGAUAAGUCGGGCUCCACAGUCACCGCCGAGAUCCAGGGUGUCAUCGAUGCCUGUGUCAAGCUGACCGGGAUGCCAGACCUCACGCUUUCCUUCAUGAACCCCAGGCUGCUGGACGAUGUCAGCUUCCACCCGUGUGUCCGCUUCAAGCGCUGGGAGUCCGAGCGUAUCCUGUCCUUCAUCCCCCCCGACGGCAACUUCCGCCUGCUGUCCUACCACGUCAGCGCGCAGAAUCUGGUUGCAAUUCCCGUGUAUGUCAAACACAGCAUCAGUUUCCGGGACAGCAGUUCCCUGGGACGCUUUGAGAUUACCGUGGGCCCCAAGCAGACCAUGGGGAAGGCCAUCGAGGGCGUGACAGUCGCCAGCCAGAUGCCCAGAGGCGUCCUGAACAUGAGCCUCACCCCGUCUCAGGGGACACACACAUUUGAUCCAGUCACAAAGAUGCUGUCUUGGGAUGUAGGAAAAAUAAAUCCCCAAAAGCUACCAAGUUUGAAGGGGACCAUGAGUCUUCAGGCUGGAGCUUCCAAACCUGAUGAAAACCCCACGAUUAAUCUGCAGUUUAAGAUCCAGCAGCUGGCCAUUUCCGGCCUCAAAGUGAAUCGUCUGGAUAUGUAUGGAGAAAAGUACAAGCCUUUCAAGGGUAUAAAAUACAUGACCAAAGCUGGGAGAUUCCAAGUGCGAACUUGA